AUAAGGGAAGACCGUUGGCCAAUCAACUCAUGUUUUAGAUAGUCAUAUGCUAAUUGGCAAGAUGGCGACUCCCUAUGCAGGUUGCGCAUGUUUGUUCUCAUAAAUGGCAGAACUACAAGAAUACCUGGGAGGUCACCAGAUCUGGAUGCUGAAACUCAAGUCUAGCUAGGUUCUGUAGGGUGUGUUAGUAGUAAAGUAAGAACCAGAUGGCUACCAUUUCUAACGACGAGCUGCAGGCGGCUCUUCGGGAAGAGGCAGCUGCCUUGGAACAGUUCCAACGACAGCGCCAGACAACGUGGCCGGGAGCGAGCAGUCAGCAGUCGCUGAACGUACCGAGCACCACUCAGAGACAGACCAGUCUACCAUCUGGUACACAGAGGUCUGCGGCAGUGCAGCAGGAUGGCAGAUCUGCUGGGUCAGUGGCGGCAAGCAGUGCUACCAGUCGUCCUACACUUGUACCAGAACCAGUCCCACGUCCCCUGCCCAGACCGUCCUCCAUGGGAACUAUUCAGACAAGUGGUGGCAGCAGUGCUGCAGCCAGCUCCUCAGCAGUCAGUGAGGGGGACCUGAUCUCCUUCUCCUCCAACAGUCUGCAGGACGUCCUGAUGAAGUCCGCCCGCCUCAGCGCCCCUCCCAUGGCAACGGGAGCGACGGCUCUGGGCUCACGACCUUUGACACCUGUAGGGAUACAAUCUCAAUCUCAAGGGGCGGCAACCUUUUCCAUGGGAGAUUUUCAAUUGAACGGAAUUCUGUCUUCAACUGGGCCUGCUGCAGGCUCGGCUUUGAACCCUUUCAGUGCUACCAACAACACAAACCCUUUCGGUGCCAGCAGCACCACUUGGAAUGGACGCCCUCUAUCCUUUGACACAAAUACUGCAGCCCCAAUGCCACAGUUGCCACCCCACAGUCCUGUACCUCACAACAGUGCUCUGUUUGUCAGCAACCCGUCUUUUGGGGACAGCACGUUGUGGGGGCAGCCCGACAUGUCCAGUUUCUCCGCCCAGAUGUCCGUCGGAGCCAUGACUUCCAGCCGACCACAAUCGCUAUCUUCGUCUUCUUCCGGGGAACGCACAAGCAUGACCGCCAAUUUUGCCAGCCUGACAGAUGAACUGCUGUUUACAGACCUACGUAACCCUGCCAUAAGUGUGACCAAAGGUGCAGCUGGCCCAGCAGGUGCCACCGCUGCUGGCUCAGACCCCAGUCUGUCUGCCUUUGACUUGGAUUUUCUAGAAAAACUAACCAUGAAGGAGAGUGUAGCGCCGGGGGUCAACCUGUUAGACAAGGACAAAGCCCCCGGCGGGAAGUUAGCUGACAGCGGCAGGACUGGUAGUAUGGGGGAGCUAUCCAAACCCGGGGUGCCCAAUUCAAACUUGUUGGCAGUUAGUACCACAGGGCUUAGUCACUCCACGGGGGAGCUCUAUAACGUCAGUAGUGCUGACACGGCCGCAGUGAAACCCCCGCCACUCCCUCCCAAGACAGCGAAAAGGAGAACUUUUGCGGCGCCGAGCGACGGCUCGAUGACCGUACCCGCUCGUAAGCCGCAGACGUAUGCCCGGCGGGAUUCGGCAGACGGCUGCAUGACAGUUCCGGCGAGAAAGUCGCCUGUUGCGAGUGUGAAGGAAGAGAAGAGACCUGCAACAACGUACCACUCUGCUGCAGCACAGACACAGGCUAAUAGAGUGUUUUUUGGAGAUGGGCUGUUUGAUCUGGCUCAGGAGAGAGACGAGGAGGCUUCCAUAUUUGCACAGGUUGUUUCCAGGCUACGGACAGAGUACAAGCACGACCACGCCACGACCAACCCUGGCCACCUGGUGAGCCCCAUCCUGCGGUACCAGCACUGCCGGGAGGACAGCACGCUCAAGGUUGUCAUCCACACUCUGCAGCAGGGCUCGGAACCUGUCACCUUCACAUGUGAUGUUGAGACAUCUGUCAGUCACCUUGUGAGCCAGGCAGUGGUGUCCCUGCUGGACGAUGACACAGACGUAUCUGUGGAUGACUUCGCUUUGAAAAUCUGCGGGAGGGAGGAGUUUCUCGCCAAUGAUACGACCUUGGGAGACUAUGAGUAUGUGCAGGACUGUGAGAAGUUUGACCUUGAUGUUGCUCUGGUGUUGUACCCCCGAGAUGCAAUCCCUCACCGGCUGGCUAGAACAGCAGAAGACGAUGCCAAGGACACGAAGACUAGCAACCUGAAUCAUUUCAUUGACAAUCCUGUCAGGACAGCAGUCUCAAAACGGGGCUUAGGUGUACUUGUGGAUGCGUUCUACAAUGAGGCCGACAAGCUGAGGUCCCACGCAUCUUUGGACUGGGAGAGCUGUAAGUUUAACGGGGUUGUCCAGGCCAUCAAGGCGCUGUGUGCAACCCUGGCCGGCCUGGAGACGGUAGAGGUCAGCAAGUCCGUGGCACGGCUCAAGCGGGCGGUGCCUGCCCCGAGACAGCACAGCAUCGCAGGGCCAGAGGGACUCAUGUCCAGCGAGAUCAGCAGGGCAUCUAUGGUCAACAACAUUGCCAGCCUGAGUAAGGAGCAGCGGCAGGACGAGGUGAACCUUGCCCUGGAGGAGGUCACGGCGGCCAUCUUGGCUCUGGUGGACAUGUACAGCAGCGCGUUCGACACAGACUUCACAACUAACCCUCAGGGGACACCAACAGCAGGUGUGGUGGACGUGACGGGCGUGUCGUCCAACGUGAGGGUCCGCCUGGUGUCGGCGCACCGCCUGCCCAUCAACUCCCACCAGCUGUUUGAGAAGUUCCGCGUGUCCAGCGGGGUGUUCCACGGCGGGCACAGGAUGUGCGACACCAAGCAGACCAACAUACGCUCCAUGGAGAAUGGCUUCUUCCCUCGGCUGGUGUGGGAUGAAUGGGUGGAGUUUUCCCUUCCGUUGUGCCUCCUGCCGCGUGAAGCCCGGCUGUGCGUCGCCCUGUACGGUGUGAACAGUGGAGCGGACAGUAACAGGCCAUACGGGGUCACCGUGCUGGGGUGGGCUGCAAUACCGCUCUUCAACUACAGGGGGCACAUGCUGCAUGGGCCACAUCUGCUGGGGCUGUGGCCGGAGUCAAAAGUCAACCCAAUAGGGACCUGCUCAUCAAACCUGCUGCAGCCUGAUUCCAUUAUACUGCAGGUUGAGUUUCCCACCCAUGGUGGCGAUGUGGUGUUCCCCCCGCCAGAGCCACACUACGAGGGCAGACAGUACAGUUAUAAUGUCCUGGAUGACUCCACCAGGGAACAGAUUCAGGAGAUCGUGGCCAAAGCCUCCAUCAGCAAGUUAUCUGAGGAGGAGGAGGAGUUGCUAUGGGAGAAGCGACACUACUGUCACACAGUCCCCGCCGCCCUGCCGCGGGUGCUGAAGCACGCCCCCAGCUGGGACUGGGCCUCGCUGGCAGAUAUCUACUCCUUAGUGCACAACUGGAGCCCCCUCACACCCGUCAGCGCUCUGGAGCUGCUACAUCCUCACUUUGCUGACAAGGAGGUGCGAGCGACUGCGAUCAGCUGGAUGCAGCACCUGCCUGAUGAUGAGCUGUACGACUUCCUGCCCCAGCUGGUGCAGGCCCUGCGUUACGAGUGUUACCAUGACAGCGCUCUGGCUAGGUUCCUGCUGGAGCGCUCGCUGGCCAGUGUGAGGAUAGCACAGCAGCUGUACUGGCACCUGAAGGACAACGUGGGAGACCAGCAGUUCGGACAGCGCUUCCAGAUGGUGCUCGCGGGGCUGCUCAGCACCUGUGGGCGGGCUCUGCGCACGGAGUUCGAGAAACAGGUACAACUGAUCCGAUUGUUGCACGAUGUUGCUGUGAAAGUGAAGUCCGCCAAAGACUCGGCACGACAAGCGAUGCUGCAGCAUGCGAUGGAGAAGAUCAACAACAAGAUGGCGGUACCCUUCCGCCUGCCCACCAACCCUGCACUGGUCUGCAGUGGGAUCAACUUCCAGUCUUGCUCUUACUUUACAUCCAAUGCCACUCCACUGAGACUCGUCUUCAGAAAUGCUGACUCCUUUGGUGAGGAGAUACAGGCCAUGUACAAGGUGGGUGACGACCUGCGACAGGACAUGCUGACCCUGCAGAUGAUCCGCAUCAUGAACAAACUGUGGCUGCGGGAGGGGCUGGACCUGCGCAUGAUCACCUUCGCUUGUGUGGCUACUGGCAAGGAAGCAGGUAUGGUGGAGAUCAUCCCCAAGUCGGAGACGUUACGUAAAAUCCAGACAGAGCAGGGCGUGACGGGGUCGUUUAAGGACAAGCCCCUAGCGGACUGGCUACAGAAGCACAAUGCGACGGAGGCAGACUACGAGAAGGCAGUGGAAAACUUCAUGUUCUCGUGUGCUGGAUACUGUGUGGCGACCUACGUUCUCGGGAUCGGAGACAGGCACAACGACAACAUCAUGAUCAAAACAACUGGUCACAUGUUCCACAUAGACUUUGGCAAGUUUCUCGGUAACGCUCAGAUGUUUGGGAAGAUCAAGAGAGACCGCGCUCCCUUCGUACUGACCUCUGACAUGGCGUAUGUCAUCAACGACGGCGACCGUCCCAGCACGCGGUUCCAGGACUUCGUGGAUCUGUGUUGCGAAGCCUUCAACAUCAUCAGGAAAAACGCCAACCUGUUUAUCAACUUGUUUGGUUUGAUGUUGUCAUCAGGAAUCCCAGCGUUGUCUCGCACAGAAGACAUCCAGUACGUUCACAACGCCCUGAAACCCAGCGCCUCUGACGCAGAGGCCACGGCUCACUUCACGCGGCUGAUCGAGGUCAGCCUGGGGUCGCGCGCCACCCAGAUCAACUUCUUCAUGCACAACCUGGCGCAGAUGCGCUUCUCUGGGAACGUGGGGGACGAGUCGCUGUUUACCUUCUCACCUAAAGUCUACAGCAUGGAGACAGAUGGCAGAAUCAAGUCCCUGAGUGUGUUUGGCUUCCAGAAGAGGUACAGCGGAGAGAAAUAUUAUGUCUACAUCAUCAAGGUGUACCGGCAGGACAGGGAGGAGCCCACCUUCGUGUUCCGCACCUACGACGAGCUGUUCGAGCUUCACCAGAGGUUAACACUGGCCUUCCCGCAUAACAGACUACCCAGCUUUCCUACACGCACCGUCAUCGGGCGCUCUAACAUCAAACAGGUGGCGGAGCGUCGGCAGGUGGACCUGAACAUCUACCUGAAGGAGGUGAUGUCAGCCCCUCCGCAGGUGUCGCAGUCCGACCUGGUCUACACCUUCUUCCACCCCAUGCUGAGGGAUGAGAAGGACGCAGGUGCUGCCAACAUGCUGAAGAUAGGUGAUUCCUCCAACCGUCCCCCCACCAUAGGGCAGGUGGGAGGCUCCGUCAAACUGUCCAUCCACUACAAGAAGAACGGCCUGUUCAUCAUGGUCAUGCACGCCAAGGACCUCCAGUCUCAGGACGGCGAGUACCCCAACCCUUACGUCAAGACCUACCUCCUCCCCGACCCCGCCAAGCUCACCAAGCAGAAGACGAAGAUAGCAAAGAAGUCUCUGAACCCCACGUAUAACGAGAUGCUGGUGUAUAACAUGCCACUGGCGGACGUGCAGCGGCGCACGCUCCAGCUCACGGUUUGGAGCAGCGAGUCGGUCAGGGAGAACUGCUUCCUGGGCGGGACUAGCAUCAGGCUGGGUGAGCUGGACCUGAAACAGGAGGCCGUGCAGUGGUACAGACUGGGGGACAUGCCACACAGAUGAAGAAAGUGACCAACUAGGAAGUAGGCCCAAAUUCUCCAUCCUUCAGUCCUGAUAUGAAGUGCUGAAGGCAAUGAUAUUGUCUCUUGAUGUAGAGUCUAGAUGUCCUUACGAUAGGGUUGCCAUCUUGCACUGUUGCUAGCAUGCACACUGUAGUAUAUUACUAUAUGGUGUAAAUUAUGUAAAAUUCUAAAAAAAAUCAUGAAGAGUAACACUAGAAUUGAUCUAACAUGUGUCACGUCCUCACAAGCAUGUUUUUUAGUGUUAUACACCAGUGCCUGGAGAAUGGCUGUCAUGAAGAUUCUUGUAUACUAUAUACAGUGUGUUUUCAUGUAUUGUAAAGAACAUGUACUAAAGACUAUGAUGAUUAGGUAGCAGUUGCCUUUAGUUUGCAUUAAAGACAACAUGUAGUUGCAAUUGGAUUAUGAGCUAGAAGUGUAAGUAUAUGAUGUGAUUUCAUGCACAUAGAAAUUUUAAUGUAGUUAUAUAAUAAGCGAUGUACAAUACAUUCUGGAGAUGUUGAAUCAUGUGUUGCAUUAUAUUGUAUAGGAUACAAAUCACAAUGUUUAUAUUGUAGUAUUGCUUUUAUUCAGUAGAAAAGUUGAUUAAUUAUUAUCUGCAGUUUGUACACAUGAAAAUUAUUUUAACUAGCUCUGUCAAAUAAAGGGGUUUUGUCCUUACGUAUUAUUUCCAUAGGACGUUUUUAGAACAGACCAUUAUUAUAUGAAGUACAUUGCAUAUUUUAAAGAUGCUGUAGUGACCAUAAUUUGUGUUACUUCGGAAGUUGUAGUGAUACAAAAUGAAUAUAAGCAUGAUAAGUAUGUGUAAUUUGAAGAUGUAAGCAUGGUUGGAGGGCCAACUGAAGUUACAACCUUGUUUUACAGUCUAUAUUGAACCCAUUUAAGACAAGAAGAUUCUACAGCCAUGUUAAACUUUUAUGCUUUCAACUUACUCCUGCUCUCAAAGUUGACUGCCUUUAGCCAACAUAUACUUGAUGAAAGGAUUGUACGUGUUGUAUGAUAGUUUUCACUAUAUUUUACUGUCGUUUCUGAAGCUGGAUAGAACUACAAAGUGAAAUAAAAAAUAACUUGUUAAAUACUUGUAAAGUGAACAAUUUCAAGCGUUUUUAAACUCAAGCAUAAGGAGAUACAACACUGUGGGCAGUUACGUGACUCUAAAAAUACUGUCCUAGACAAAAGUGCUUUAAUUUUACACAGUGUCAUGAAUUGUCAAUAUCCUUCAAAUGGGCCCAUAUUGCCUUUGCUAUACCAGGUGAAAUCAUAUGCUUUACUUCAGGCAACAGACCAGUCUACAAAUGUAUGUGUUGGAAGAAUUCUAUAUCUAGCUUUAAAAAUGGCCCAUUGAGUUUAUUGAAUGCAAUGUGUAAAGUGUCUAUGGUACGGGUCGCUGUUAUGACCAUUCAGAUUUAGCAUACGAUUAUAGUAUAAUAAUUUGUACAUGUAUGCUUUAAAGUAAUGAUGUUACACUCAGAUUCCAUCAUGUACCUUUUUCAUGCACAUCUGGCUGAACAAUAGUUUAACGUGCAGUAUAGAUGGAUAUAAGCCAGCAGUCCAGUAGCCAGCAAUCAAGAGUAGAGAUUUUUGUAUAUUUUUGCAACCAUCAUCUGUUAGAGAAGAUUUAGUUGUUACAGCUUCCAGGCUGCUCUGGUCUCCAAAUCUGUAAAUUUUACAAUUGUGUAUUCCAAAGCAUACGAGUACAUCAAGACAUGUGCAGUGUUAUUUUAGCUUCUCCUGUAUUGGGUGCAUCAUAAGCCCAGCAACAUAUGAAUCAUAUUGUGAGCAAUAAUGUGGUCAUAGACACUGGAAUGUAUGUAGGAAGAUAUACUAGAUGUUGAUCAAAUUUCGCUUCUUAGAAUUUUUUACGUUGAAACAAUGAUUAAAGGCAAACGUUUUAUUCUGAA